AUGAGCGCCAACGACCCAUCAGCUCAAGACAAGGUGUGUUGUGUGCUCAGAUCUUGCAGCUGCCGCUUUCAACGCCACCUCGAGACCGCCGCCCCACCUUCCGGGCCAUGCGGAGGUCAUCCACCGCCCAGGACUUGCCGUGAUCUUAGACUGACUUAACUCUACGUCUUCCUUUCCAUAUCAACAAUGACAGCGUGACAGAUUAUCGAAAGCUCUUGGCGCGGCCUUCCUUUCGCAUCAAGUCGAAUCCCUCGAGCGCUCGGUCGACUCGCUCACCUUUUCCUGCGAUGGUCGACUCUUGCCGCCUCCACGACCGACCUCCACGGGCCGAACGGCCCAAGUGAACUCGACGUCGAAUCACAGGAAUGGACCGAUCAUGAAAGGCGGCUCGGAUACGCGGUCCGGAACGAGCGGCGUCAAGAGACCCGUCAAGGUCGUCGAUGCGAGUGUGCUCGUGCAUGCCCUGCCGGUCGUGAAACGAUGGUUGCGACAAGAUACGCAUCAGCUCGUCAUUCCGCUGCAAGGUUAGUCAUACGCUCGUUGGGGCUUCCCAGAUCUUGCGCGGAACCGUUGCUAAAAGCCAUCCCGCGCCCUCGUCUCGGUUCCCAGCUUUCUCCAUAUUGGACACUUUAAAAAAAGCGCCGGCAGCACUGCAUGACCUUGCGCACGAGGCUACUCGAUUCCUCGAGUCGCAACUUGCGAUUGCUCAGCGGAUCGAAAUGGCUUUGGGUGGCCCCGGUCCCGAGGCGGAUGCGAAGAUUCGUCUGCGAGCCCAGGCCGCGGGGGAGGAGGUGUCUUGGGAGCAAGUCGAGCAACUCUUCCAGAUCCCACCGGAAGCAUAUUCGCUCGUGAAUCAAGACCCACCCGUCGACCCAGAGAACGAGGGCCCAACUGACGUCAUCGAACCCCGACUUCCUAGCGCUCAAGAUCUUCCGCGCUCAUGGCGGUCACCAUUGCAGUGUGCGCUCUUCUUUGCUUCGCAAUCCCCCAAGCACUUGUUCGUCUUGUUUAAUACGCUUCACCUCCUCGAUGUCGUGGCCCCACCACCUCCUGCGAUCCCUUUCAUCUCCGGCUCAGCGAAGAAAGCCCCACCCCCGUCGCUCGACUAUCUGGCCAUUUCAUCCGGCGAUACCCUCUCUCGCUUUGUGCAAACGCGCUACGAGCGCUCGAUCCCCCUCUACGUCGUGCCCAGCUCGGAAGUGGUCGCGGCGAAAGAAUGGCUCAAGGCUUUGGCUAAAGAAACGGCGACGGCGACGGCGAAGGGAAACCUUUCCCUGGGAGCAAAACCCGAUUCAAAGGAGAGCAAAUCGAAGGGGUCCGCACAUGCGAAGCGAAGGAGUGGGACGACGGGGGAUCGUGGAGGUGCGGGGUUGAAAGGUGGGAGAAGGAAUGGCGCUGCAACCGAGGGGAAGUUGUUUGUGCCGUGA